GAACCGCGUAUCAGUCGCGAGUUUAUUAAAUUAAGUAAAUUCAAACAAAUAGUCGUUCCACAGUCCGGAACAAUAUUAAAUUUAUUACUACUCACCACGUAGUAAGUGGUAUUUAUAAAGCAGGUUAAAAGGCGAAGGAAAUACUUACCGCUAAUCGUUGUUCAUCGCUGGUGGACCUGAAAAGAGAAGAAAUAGAAGGUUGCCUGAAAGGUAGAAAGAAUUAGUAGAAGGAUUUCGGAUAUAAAAACCAAGAAACACUGAAUAACUUUGUAGCUGCUAAGUAAGCAACUAAAAAGACGGUGUUUGUUUCGACGUCGGGAACAUUCUACAAAGUUAUUCAUCCUGAGUUGGAUGAUUCGUUACCCGUCGGAGGUUGCCGUUUCGGCUACCACUUGGAAGAGGAUUUUUCUCAACGAUUUACUACUGACAGGUUGGAGUGCAGCAUCGAGUACGAAGUCGAAGUGCAGUAAUUAAAGUCAGUACACUAUUUUAUUCUGUCAUCAUCGUCGGUCGCGAGCUGCUAAUUAUAAGGAUAGUUAAUAAACAUAGUUAGUUAGCUGUUAGGGGAAUAGGCCCGUCUCGAAAUGUCAGACUUUAACGAUAAUUUACCCGGUGAUGCGGCUUCCGUCACCAACGCAAAAUAUUGCAAAAAGUGCGAUCGUACUGACGUGCAAGAAGGUAUGGUGUGUUGCGACGUUUGCGAUUCUUGGGUACACUUCCAGUGCGCGGGUGUGAGUGAAUCUAUCGCUGAACCGGAUAGGAGUUGGAAGUGCAGUGAUUGCAUGGCAAACUGGGAUGCAGCAUCAAAGUCUGCUGUAUCGUUCAAUGAAUCGUCGGUCAGCAAGAGCAGUAGGGUGUCACAGAAACUGCAGCUAAGUUUACAACUUCUCGAGGAGCAACAGAAAUUAAAGAAGAAGCGUAUGGAAGAAGAGCGACGCAUACGCAGGCUGGAAGAAGAAAUGAGAAUGAAACAGAUCGACGACGAACAAGAAUACUUGAGGCAAAAGUACGCUUUGCUUAUGCAAAUGGGAGAGGAAAAGGAAUCGUGCAGUAGAAAAAGCGGAGUUAGUGUAAAGAUUAGACGCGAGAUGAUGGAACAAUGGCUCGCAACGGAGACCCAAAAGCAUGCAGUAGGACAGUCGAAGCCAUCUGCGUCUGGAUUAAAGGGUACCUUGCCAGUUUCUGCCAUCGGUGCAGUGACUUCGAACAAUAUGGUUCCACUCAACCAGGGUAUGGUUUUGCUAGAUCCAACGAUUCCAAUUCCCGGAGGUGGUGUUACAGCUCUAGCGAAAUCUUACGAAUCGUUGGUAGUACCAACGAUGCACACAAGUACAUCAAUCAAAGCAUCGGCUAAUUCAACGAUUCCAGUGACAGUAAUGACGAGUGCAGGUGGAAUUUCAGUCAGUUCUGUUACUACAGCUCCAAUAAUGUCUUCGUCGAUAGUUUCGAUGGUGCCAACCGUGCAGUCAGUUCCUAGACCAACGGUGACAAGAAUUCAACAUCCGGUGCCGUUUUACUCAAAUUCAGAAGCGAACGCAAUAGGCUCAAGUAUAAUUGGUUUGAUUACUUCUAACCCAGCACCGACGGCGCACGGAAAUUGCCUUGUCUUACCACCGAUUAACCCAAUGCAGUCUUCAAUAGCUUCUAAUGGUCCUCCACAGUUGCCUCUAACCACUACCUCUGCAAGUCUGUUUCCGGGAAUUCAAAGCUACCCAAACGCCUUCCCCGGUUAUCCAGUAUUAUUUCCGUAUACUGGACCAUCUGUAGUACCGACAUCCAUGGUGGUCGAUGGGGCUGGGAUUAACCAUUUAGUUGGUCCGUUUUUCCGGGAAUUCAAACCCAUCCGGGACCAAUCGAAGGAAAUAGAGUGAACCCUUCAGUCGCAUUGUCAGGACCGACCAAUGCGCAACUGGCAGCUCGGCAAGUAAUGCCCCGAGACUUACCGAAGUUCGUCGGAGAUCCCGAACAAUGGCCUAUUUUUUAUAGUUCCUUCAAGAACACGACUGAAGUCUGUGGAUAUACGGAAGCAGAGAAUCUGGCCAGACUGCAGCGUAGCUUAGGAGGUUCCGCCUUGGAGGCAGUUAGAAGUCGCCUGUUACUACCCGCGUCUGUGCCAUACGUAAUGGAAACUUUACAAAAGUUGUACGGAAGGCCAGAGAUAUUAAUCAGUUCUCUACUAACCAAAGUGAGAAGCGUUCCUCCACCAAAGGCGGAUAACUUAAGCACUAUUGUGGCUUACGGAUUAGUGAUUCAAAACCUCGUCGAUCAUAUUAUAUUGACUGAUCAACAGGCGCACUUGUCGAACCCGAUGCUGCUCCAGGAGCUGAUCGAUAAAUUACCUGCCUCGCUGAAAUUGCAGUGGGGAGCGUUCAAGCAGGCACACCUGCACGUUAACCUUGCGACGUUUAAUACCUUUAUGUCGGGCUUAGUAAAUUUGGCGUCGGAGCUGAGUGUCGGAGUAGAGUCUGCGCAAAAUUACAGCAAGCAGCAUAAGGCGGAAAAGUUUAAGCCAAAGGAGAAGUUGUUCACUCACGCGAACGAGCUGCCCACAUCAACGAAGGAAAACACAGUUGGGGAGAUCUCAUCUAAGCCUUGUUCGUUUUGCGAGAAAAAUAGUCAUCAGAUUCUGAACUGCGUCAGUUUCAAAUCGUUGGACAUUGAUGGUCGUUGGAAGGCAAUACGACAAAAGAAUUUAUGCCGGUUGUGUCUAAUACCGCAUAGAAAAUGGCCAUGCCGUUCGAAGAAUGUGGAGUAGAUGGAUGCCGAGUUCGUCAUAAUAUGUUGUUGCACAGUAGUCGGAAUGAAGCGGUAGAUGGCGCAAGAUCCGCUGAGACCGUUCACCAUAAUCAUCACCACACAUAAUCAUAUUCGUUGUUCCGGUAUCUCCCAGUUACGCUGUAUGGAGACGGGAAGCAAGUCGAAACUUUCGCAUUUCUAGAUGAUGGAUCGUCAUCAACGUUGCUUGAAGAAGAGAUCGCGACACAGUUGGGUAUCGAAGGUGAACCUGACAACUUAUGGUUGAGUUGGACUGGGAAGAUCAGCAGACAAGAGAAGACCUCCAAGCGGUUGAGCGUGAAGAUAUCCGGGGUUGGUAAGCAGAAACUAUUCCAGCUGGGCAACGUACGGACCGUACGGGAGCUGGGGCUUCCCAGUCAAACGCUGAAUUACAAAGAACUGUCGAGUACCUUUCCGCAUCUGCAAGGACUUCCCGUUGCUAGUUAUACCAAUGCCAAACCAGGCAUGAUUAUCGGUCUUGAGCACGUGAAGCUGCUCACUAGUUUAAAAAUUCGCGAGGGCAGCUGCAGCGAACCGGUGGCCACUAAAACUAGGUUGGGGUGGUGCGUGUAUGGGAGAAAUUCCGGGGACAGAGGGUCCAUGGAACAGCUUCACCUGCAUGCUCGAGUUAGUAUGAGCAAUAGCGACUUGCAUGACUCGAUGCGAAAGUUUUUCGCCGUUGAAGAUGCCGUAGUGACAAAACAGAUUGAAGCCGAGGAAGACAAGCGGGCACGCAGUAUUCUGGAAGCAACCACGGUGCGGAAAGAAGCCCGUAUGGAAGCGGGAUUAUUAUGGCGUAUAGAUAACGUAAAAUUUCCGGAUAGUUUUCCGAUGGCGGUAAGCAGGUUGAAAGGUCUGGAAAAACAGUUGGCUAAAGAUCCUGAGCUUCGCAGGAAAGUGAAUGAGCAGAUAGAGAGCUACGAGAAGAAGCAGUUCGUCCGUAAGGUGUCACCGGAGGAACUUAAGCAAGUGAACCCCGAGCGUGUGUGGUACUUGCCGUUAGGAGUGGUAACGAAUCCCAGGAAGCCAAACAAAAUUCGGAUGGUGUGGGAUGCUGCUGCCAAGGCUAAUGGUGUCUCAUUCAACGACAUGCUGCUAAAGGGUCCGGAUCUACUGGUUUCGCUUGUGGAGGUGUUGCUGCGGUUUAGGGAAGGCAAGAUCGCAGUGUGCUCAGAUAUCCGAGAAAUGUUCUUGUGGAUUCUGAUUCGUGAGGAGGAUAAGUGGUCCCAAUGUUUUCUAUGGCGCGCCAGUCCGGAAGAUGAAGUGCAAAUUUUUGUUAUUAAAGUCGCCAUGUUUGGGGCAACUAGUUCUCCCUGCACAGCACAGUUCAUAAAGAACAAAAACGCACUUGAUUACGCAGAACUUUACCCCAAAGCGGUUGAUGCGAUUAUUAGGAACCACUACGUCGAUGACUUUCUCAGCAGUGUCAAUUCUGUGGAGGAAGCCGUACAGCUCGUCCGGCAAGUGCAGCUAAUACACGCAGCCGGUGGAUUCGAGUUCGGAAAAAUUCUAUUCAGCUCACAGGAGGUGCUCGAUCUACUCGGGGAGACUGGUACGUCUGACAGCAAGUCACUCAAUUUAGAGAAGGAACGGGUCUACGAACGAGUCUUGGGCGUGGUAUGGGUUUCCAGGGCGGAUCACUUCACUUUCGACCGAACAGGGCUGGAAGGAAUUUUAGAAGGCGGAAUGAUUCCAACGAAGCGCCAAGUUUUACGCACAGUUAUGAAAUUAUAUGAUCCGUUGGGAUUCGUAGCGCACUUUGUAGUAUUGAUGCAAGAAAUCUGGCGAACGGGUACUAACUGGGACGAGCCCAUAUCAGAGUCUUUGCGCAACCUGUGGAGUAGGUGGAUCGAGGUGUACCUGACGAUCAGCGAGGUGAGGGUUCCCCGAUGCUUUCUUGGUCAUCUUUUGCCGGAGGAAAUCGACGUAAUCUAACUACAUAUGUUUACGGACGCGAGCGUAGCGUCCUGUGCUUGUGUGGCCUAUCUGAGGAUGUCGUAUAGCGGAGGUGGCUGGUGUUCGCUGGUUGCAGCAAAGACAAAAGUUGCGCCACUUCGGGCGCUCUCAAUCCCCCGCUUGAGGCUGCCAUGAUGGGAUCACGCUUGUUGCAGAAAAUUCGUACGGCACUUACCCUCAACAUUCGAAGACACUUCCUGUGGACGGAUUCAGCUACAGUGCUCGCAUGGCUCCGCUCAGACAGUCGUCGAUAUCACCAAUUCGUUUCUUUCCGGGUUGGAGAAAUUCUUUCGCUCACCAGCGUGGACGAAUGGCGCUAUGUACCAUCGAAGCUCAAUGUUGCGGACGACGCCACAAAGUGGAACUCGGGACCCUCAUUUGACCCAGAAAACCUUUGGUACCAGGGACCACCGUUUCUACGAAACCCAAAAGAGCAGUGGCCUGGGCAGUCAGUAGUGGAGGAUGAAGCGGAUGUAGCAUGCGAAGAACUACGUUUAGUAGGCGUACAUCAAGCGGCCGAGGAAGUAAUUCGCGUCGAGCGCUUUUCAAUUGGGAUCGUUUGCUUAGAGCGAUGGCUUAUGUUCACCGGGCAGUCAGGAUCUGGAAGCGAACUCUAGGGAGAAAAAGUCGACGGCAUGUCCUGGAUCAGGAAGAUAUCGUGAAGGCGAUGAAAACUCUUUGGCGCCAAGCACAGAGUCAGGCUUAUGUGAAGGAGGUUCACGCGCUAAACCAUGGUUGCAGCGUGGGCAGAAGUAGCCCACUGUACCCCCUAGUUCCGUUUAUUGACGAACACGGAGUCGUACGCAUCGGAAGUCGGAUUGGAAGCGCACCGCACAUUCCCUACGCAACAAAGUAUCCCGUAGUGCUGCCGAGAGAUCAUCGCAUUACCUUCCUACUGGUACAGUCGGUUCAUCGCCUGUUCUUGCAUGCUAACGGAGAAACUGUUUGUAACGAGCUGCGACAAGAGUUUUACAUCCCGAAGCUUCGGGUGUUAGUGAAAAAAGUAAGUCGAAGUUGUCAGUACUGCAAGGUGAAGAAAUCAACUCCCCGGCCACCAUUGAUGGGACCUCUGCCGAGAGUACGCCUAACCCCAUUCAUUCGGCCAUUCACAUUCGCCGGUGUAGAUUACAUGGGACCCCUCGAAGUAAGAGUUGGUCGAUGCGUCGCAAAACGGUGGAUUUGUUUGUUUACAUGCCUCACGGUGCGAGCAGUCCAUCUGGAGCUGGUCCACAGUCUUUCGUCUGCAUCUUGCGUGAUGGCAUUCAGAAGAUUUGUAGCCAGGCGGGGAGCUCCACAGGAGGUAUUUUCGGACAACGGAACAAAUUUUGUGGGAGCCAAUCGCCAGUUGUCAGAGGAGAAGCAGAAAAUUCGGGACAUUGUUCAAGACUGCGCCGCCACAUUUACCAAUGCAAAUACUCAGUGGAAUUUUAACGUUCCUGCGGCUCCGCAUAUGGGAGGACCAUGGGAACGCAUGGUGAAGUCGGUGAAGGUAGCGAUGAAAGCUGUGUCGGAUAGCACACGUCACCCUAGCGACGAGGUGUUGGAGACCAUCAUGCUGGAGGCCGAAGCAAUUGUCAACUCACGACCGCUGACUUAUGUUUCUUUGGAGGCAGAAGACGAAGAAGCGCUCACACCAAAUCACUUCCUUCUAUACGGACGGACUGGGUUUAAGCAACCGAUAACGGAACCUGUUCAGGGAAACAUUCUGCGAGACAGCUGGAAACUAGCGCAGCAUAUCAUCGACGAUUUCUGGCGCAGAUGGGUGCGGGAAUAUCUCCCGAUGUUGACGAGGCGAACGAAAUGGUUCGAACCAGUGAAGCCGUUGAAACCAGGUGAUCUAGUCGUGAUCAUCGACGAACAGGCGAGAAACCGAUGGGAACGAGAGCGUGUACUGGAGACGUUUCCAGACAAAUUCGGGCAAGUUAGACGUGCCACAGUGCAGACAGCUAGAGGAGUGCUUGCUCGACCCGCGGUAAAGCUGGCGGUACUGGACGUCACCGGCAAAGAGGAUACGGGUGUAGUGACUCCGGAAACGGAAGUGGUUCACGGGUCGGGGAAUGUCGCCGAAACCCCCCGUUGCGGCGAAAAGGGGGUGAACAACAAACCGUUUCAUAUCGAGCGAAAAGGGCCGAGCGAACAAAAUGACAAUUAGGAUGAAAACAUCCGUAAACGUCAUCGUUUAUUCAGUUUCGAUAGCAAGUGGAACCGCGUAUCAGUCGCGAGUUUAUUAAAUUAGGUAAAUUUAAACAAAUAGUCGUUCCACAGUCCGGAACAAUAUUAAAUUUAUUACUACUCACCACGUAGUAAGUGGUAUUUAUAAAGCAGGUUAAAAGGCGAAGGUACGUUGCUGAAAAUAAUUAUAAACUUAUACUUACCCGUAACUUAACCUAAAACACACAGGAAAUACUUACCGCUAAUCGUUGUUCAUCGCUGGUGGACCUGAAAAGAGAAGAAAUAGAAGGUUGCCUGAAAGGUAGAAAGAAUUAGUAGAAGGAUUUCGGAUAUAAAAACCAAGAAACACUGAAUAAGUAUGAAAUUAUAAAUUAUCUUUAACACUUUAUUAGAACCUAAAAUAUAUUACAGCUUUGUAGCUGCUAAGUAAGCAACUAAAAAGACGGUGUUUGUUUCGACGUCGGGAACAGUACCCAAGUCGGCAAACCCGCCCAUCGUCCCUAAGCUGCGUCCCAUCAAAAAUUUCUGGGUGAACCUGAAACGUAAAAUCUACUCCAACAAUUUUGUCGCGAAAAUUAAGGAAGGAUUGAUAAAUAAAAUAAAGAAAAAAUCCAGAAGUAUGCAUGUUUUCGUCCACCAUAGUGAACGUUCCGGAAGGCCGCUCGCGGGGUAGUCAAUUUUUUUACAAGUAAGCUUGUAUAAUUACCUUCCUAAGAAAUGUAUCAAACUCAAUUAUCUGUCUAAGGUUUUUUAUCAGCACCCGAUUUAACAUAAUUUUUUUCAAUACCCGUGCUAGAGAGAGCGAGCACCAAACGACCAAUAAAAGGUCGAACGCGCGCCUAUUUAGCUGAACUUUCUGAGAGAUUAAAGCUUAGACAAUUCCCUAAAAGUCAUCCCUUAACAACUUUGCUCCAACGUUUGCCAUUACCUCACAUCCAUGAGACGCAUGGACGUUCAGAAGCAAAGAACGUGAAAAAUGCUGGACAUGGAACAGAGUACCCGUUUUAAAAUAUCCAAAAAGUUUCAGGCAUCUUUAUUUACUAUAUAACAACCUUACGUGAAAGAAAUCUGACAAGAGUGUUUUUUUAGAGUAGGAUAUCAAAUUAUUUUUUUCUGCAUGUUUCAACAUAUAAGUUCAAACAACUCUCUAGAUAUAUAUUGUCAACAUUUCUGUAUUUUUUGUCAUUAUUCAGAUACGUCCAUUUAUGAAACAAAAUUUCAGCACUCUUCAAAUGUUAACCCUAAACUUAAAAAAGUAUGCAAAGUUGCAUGAUUUAAUAAGGCCUACAUACUCACAAAGUUCAAGGUCAAGCUUUAAAAUAAAGCAUAAAAGUGAGUUUUGUUUUCACAUAACUUUAGAACUAAUGUUUCAAAGGUGCUCAAAUCGGGUUUUGCAACGCAACCACGCACUUAAAUCACUCCCAUAUCGGAGCUUGAUUAAAUAGAAAACAAAACAACUCGUAGUCGGCAGUGAAGAUGAAAAUUUAUCUUUAGUUUUUAAGAUACUUUAUGAAGUAAGUUGCAUAGUUAUAAUAGGCUCCGAAAUAU